AUGGGAGUUACCCGCCGCCUGUUCCUGGACUUAAUUCAAGAAAAGGUCAGGUCUUGGUUGGCAGGGUUUUUGGGCAAAUCAGGGAUGUCUGGUUCAACUGAUUGCCUGAUGUGCUGCAAUUGCUGCUCCCGUGUGCCGGCGGGCACCGGCAAGCUCCGGUGCCGGGCCUGCAGCCGACUGCUCUGUGGCCAAUGCAUGCCGGCCACCGAAGGCAUAGCAGAAGUGGAGGAACCUGGCGGCAUCCUCUGCAAGGACCUCCCGUGGCGGCUGUCCAUGAUCUGCAAAUUCUGCUCUCAGGCCACCGGCCUGGUUGAAGCAGUGGCAGAGCCUGAGGAGGGAACGGAAUCCUUGGCAUCCCCCCAGCAGCGGUCCUCCCCACCAUCUCUUCACUGCUCCACUGCCAGGUUUGCCUGGCUCCAUGCCAUCAUAGCUGCCCAUCUUGGGUUUUGCUUCUUGAUUGUACCGGUGAUCACCCUGUAAUUCUGAGUUGCAGGAGCUUCGAUGAUGAAGAAGAAGAAGAAGAAGAAGAAGAUGGGGAGUGCCCGGGGAAGCACUUCUGGAGCCCCUGUAGCAUAUUCUCUCAGGAUGUCUCUGAUGUAGAUCCCAGUAGUUUCAGCACUGGAAAUGAGUUUUAUAAUUUCAAGUGCCUGACUCCGAGUCCCUUGGACAGCCCUAACAGUUAUGAGCCUGGGAAGCUCGAUCUUCUUGAACAGGAUCCCCUCGACAAUCUUAGAUCAUCUGAAAGGGUCACAGGGGAUCGGGUAGAACUUGCUUGUGCAAGGGACGACAAGUUGAUCCACUUCGAUAGCAAAGCCCAAGAGGAUUCCAAGCCAUUAGACAUCGAGAAUAAUGACCAACUUUGGCUCCCACCGCCUCCAAAAGACGAAGGAGAUGAUGUUGAAAAUGGGUACUUUGAGUAUGAUGAUGAGGAAGACGGUGUGGGCCGCUUGGACUUGUUCUCGACAUCCAGCAGCUUUGGCGUUGGCGAUGGUGACAAUGUUGGUAAUGAUGAGGAUGACGAUGAUGAUGAUGGUGGUGGUGGUGGUUUCGCAAUCAAGGAGAGGCCAAAUGACGCCCAGAAGGAGCUUCUGCGGACUUCUGUUUAUGGGCACUUUAGGGCUCUAGUUUCUCAGUUGCUGAAGGGGGAGGGGAUCUCUUCUGGGAGCAAAGAAGGGGAAGAAGGCUGGUUGGAUGUGGUUUCCUCACUGUCAUGGCAGGCGGCGAAUUUUGUGAAGCCUGACACCAGUCGAGGGGCCAGCAUGGAUCCAGCUGAUUAUGUGAAGGUUAAGUGUAUACCCUCUGGUAGGCCAAGGGAGAGGUAUGCUGUUUUUCAUGUUCUUUGAUAUUUUUGUACCGCAGUAAUUAGGAUUACUUUUCUAUUAUUAUUUUCUUUCAUGUAAUGAAUUAAUUUAUUUAUUUUAAUCUUAAGAGAAAGAGCCAGUGAUCAUGGCGAUUGGAUUAUGCAGUAGAAAUUAAAGACAAUUUUGUCUUGUUUCUUCAGUGUGCUCGUGAAGGGAGUAGUGUGCACGAAGAAUGUGAAGCACAAGAGGAUGAUCUCUCAGCACAAGAACCCUAGAUUGCUUCUUCUGGGAGGAGCUUUGGAAUAUCAGAAGGUAUCCAACAAGCUGGCAUCUUUAGAAACCGUCCUCCAACAGGUACCUUUUCCCAUCCCCAACCUCUCUCUUACUUACUCUUUUUGAACCUUGGAAGCUUGGAUGGAAUCUGAACUGGGGUUUUGCAGGAGAUUGAUCAUCUCAAGAUGGCUGUUGCAAAGAUUGAGGCCCACAGGCCAAACGUGCUACUGGUAGAAAAGAGCGUCUCUUCGUAUGCCCAAGAGUACUUGCUUGCAAAGGAGAUUUCCCUGGUUUUAAAUGUGAAGAAGCCUCUUCUAGAGAGGAUAUCCAGGUGCACUGGUGCCCAGAUCUCCCCGUCGGUGGAUAGUAUUGCCUCGACAAGGUUGGGGCACUGUGAAGUAUUUCGCAUCGAGAGGACCAUUGAAGAGGGCCUUUUGGGAAACCAGCCUGGCAAGAAGUUCAGCAGGACUCUCAUGUUCUUUGAAGGUUGUCCAACGCGUCUAGGGUGCACGGUAAUACUCACAUUGUCCAUAUCACUGGGCAUUGGAUAGCCGCAUUCUGCUUAGUUUCAUCACCCUUGUUGAAGUAGAGCCGGAGUUUGAGUCUAUAGUAUAGAUGCUUUUAGAUGAAACUUUUUUAUGUGGAAACUAUUAUGGAUUAAAUUUUAACUCACGAGCUUGAAGCUUUUUAGAUUUUUCUGUCAUAUUUGAUGACAAAUCAUGUAGUGGGCAGUUGGAAAUUUACAAAUUUAAAGUUAUUUUGUGUAUGGGUGCAAACUUGAGUGGAACACGGUUUUAUGAUCUUAUUACUAAAAUGAGUUGACAUUUUUACGUUGGGUUUGACCUUUCAAACCCUGCUAUCAAGUUCAUUGCAGCAUAUUGACAUGCAUGUCCUUGGUGUUUGGCACAUAAAACCACCCGCAAAACACCUGCACUAAGUAACAACAACACUGAAUGGAGGGUAGUUGCCGUGGGAUCAAGUUUGAUAUUAAUUCAAAAUAUAGUUUAAGAAUCUAGAUUUUAUACCUGGACUCCACUUGUUUAUCUCAUUUCCUAGUAUGAUUAUAGGGAAGUUCACCCCUGCUUUAUUUGUAAGAACUUGCUGCCAAGGCUCUAUAUGUUGGAAAGCUUAGACAACCUGGAAGCAUGCCUUGUAUGCCCGAUACCUUGGGGAGGCUCAUCUUGACCUGAUAUCAUCUUUCUCGUCCUCCACUGGUUAUUCUGCUCAUCAUGGGUCAAUUGCAUCUCAUUCAAACCUCACAGCAUUGGAACCCAAAUUUUUGAAACCUCCUGCAUUCGUCCUCCAUUCUCGAAGUUGAGGAAGAGGAGAUCUCGGAAGGAGGCUGCCUUGGAUUUUGGUUAGUUUAAUGGUCGAUGACAUCUAGUCAUGAGGUGUUUACAGAGCCUUGGUUUGGCAAAUUUCUGCCGGUUUUGUUUUGGUCCCUCUGUUGCUAUUCCUCUGAAGGAAACAGGAUGAACCCAAUGAGUACAUGUGAGACUGGGGCAGUGUUGGAUUCGUAUGUUAACUAAUAGGAUCUGUAGCUAGUGAGGCCUGAAAAUUAACUAAAAACUCUGCACUCCCUGAAAUUACCCAUCUGAGAGUUACGAAUUUCUACUUUGGUGAUCUGUGUAGGUCCUCCUGAGGGGCCCGAAUCGUGACGAGCUGAAGAAGGUUAAGCAUAUUCUUCUGUAUGCUAGCUUUGCAGCAUAUCAUCUUUCUCUGGAGACAUCAUUCCUCGCAGAUUCAGGAGCAACUCUUCCAAAAAUGCCACAGAAUCACCCUCUGGACUCACCUUGUGGAGGGGAGUAUGCUGCUGAUUCUGUCUCAGAUGCUUUGGAUUUUCCAAGCCUUGAUGGUCCUUCUCCAAGGCACAGCGGGGGAUAUGUGAGGAGUGAACGAGAAGAAUGCAAACCUCCCUCAGAUCAAAUCAGUACUAAUCCCACCUGUGCAUCAACUUCGGAUUUGUCUCCGCGAGGAGGGUUUUGCUCUUCUGUAUCUGCUCCAGAUCUAGCCUCGGCCGUGACCAAAGAUUAUCAAGCUCUUGAUAGAGGUGCCCAUGGCCCUUUGGAUUUCUCCACUGAUGUGCAGAGUGAUGGGAUUGAAUUAUCCAAGAAUGGAGCUCAUGAAGAAAGGAUGGUUCGGAUGCCUACUGGGAACGAUAGAUCUCCCCCUGGUGAUUAUUUCUCCACAUCCGAAAGCCAACAGAGCAUCCUGGUCUCUUUGUCGAGUAGCUGUGUCUUGAAGGGCAUCGUUUGUGAACGAUCGAAGCUCUUCCGCAUCAAAUUUUAUGGCAAUUUUGAUAAGCCACUUGGAAGGUAUCUUCGUGAUGACUUGUUUGAUCAGGUAUGAUUCUUCAUCCUCAAGAUGAAAGUUUCUCCUUGGAGAUGCUUAUCUAAUGAAUGUAUAAAAUAAGAAAAGAAUGAUCUUGCUCUAUGCCAGACAUCUUUCUGCCGGUGCUGCAGAGAGCCUCCAGAGACCCAUGUUAGGUGCUUCACUCACCAGCAGGGCAGCCUCACAAUAAAUGUCAAGCGGCUUCUGUCGGCUAAGCUACCCGGUGAAUGUGAUGGGCGGAUAUGGAUGUGGCAUCGGUGCCUCAAAUGUGCUCAAAAGGACGGAGUUCCACCUGCCACCCAGAGGGUGGUCAUGUCUGAUGCAGCUUGGGGGCUCUCCUUUGGGAAAUUCUUGGAGCUCAGUUUCUCAAAUCAGGCAAUCGCCAACCGUGUUGCGAGCUGUGGGCAUUCUCUCCAGAAGGACUGUCUUCGCUUCUUUGGGUAAUUACCUUCCCAAGAUGGCCCAACCAGUUGUUGUUGUUGUUGUUCUUCUUCUUCUUCUUCUUCAUCAUUUGUUUUCUGUUAAUGUCUCGGGCUUUUGUUCCUGCCCAGUGACUAGUGUUGGAUUGUCUGUCCUCUCUGCUGACAGAUUUGGGAGUAUGGUCGCAUUCUUUCACUACUCUCCUGUAAACAUCCUCUCUGUCCGACUACCCCCAUUUGUGCUUGAAUUCGCCUCUCAGUCCCAGCAAGAGUGGUUCAGACGGGAGGCAGGGCAGGUAUAUAUAUGCCUUUGGAAUGAUUUAGUGGUGCAGCUAUUGAUCAAUGAACUAUAUGCUAUCUAUGAUUUUCUUUUCCCCAUAAGCUAAUAUAUCCAACUUGUUGCAAAUGCUCAUCUACCCACAGAUCGCAAUCAAGGUGGAUCUUCUCUAUGGGGAGGUGCUGGAUGUGCUUCGUGGCAUCGAGCAGAAGGUUGCUACUUAUGUGGACGAACCAUUGAAAGCCAGUCUUGGGAAUCUACUGACGGAGCUGAGAGAUUUGGUGAAAAAUGAACGGCAGAAGUACGAUGUAAGUGCUCAUUAGAGAAUGAUCGCUUCUUUCAUGUACUCAUCAGUCUCGUUUGAGUGGGGCCAUAAAUCAAGCCUUGGCAUACCAACAGGUCUUCCUGCAGUCGGCAAAUCUGGAGAGCUUUCAACUGGGCCAUACAAGUUCAGACGUUCUGGAGCUCAAUCACCUGAAACGUUGCCUUCUCAUCGAUUCUUAUGUCUGGGAUCGCAGGAUCUACCUCUUAGACUCCAAGGUCAAGGGUUCCUCCUCGGAGAUUGAUGUCCACCUCCUGGAGGUCUCAAUUCACAAUGGCCUGAUACAGAGGAGCGAGUCAUUUCCUAUUGGCAGAAGGGCUGACUUCUCUCCAACGUCCAGUGCCAAGGAGUCAGAAGGUGUCGACUUGUUGACCAACCCGGCUGACUGCUGCGCAGAACCAGCAUCGACAGACUUGAUUUGCGAUGAAAACAGUUGCAAUGAACAAAUGGGGGGCAGUGCUGCUGCUGAAAGGUCUCCCAUGGGGAGCUCAUCAUCGCCUGGGUCAAGCCUCUCUGACAAGAUUGACUCCGCGUGGACAGGUACCUGGCAUUCCCCAAAUGGGUCACCUUUGAGCGAUAUCGACAGUUCCAGAAAGUCAACCAUGACCCCUGUCAGGGUCUACUCCUUUGAUUCCUCUUUGGUUGUACGCCAGAGAUUCCAUGACCUGGCUCCCACGCUGCCCUUGCCGAUGACUGGGGGUCAUCUGGGCUUCGUCAGGGAUCCGAGCCCGAGUAUCCAGAGGGCCUACUCUCAACAUUCCCCUGGGGGAAUCGAGAAUCUGAAAUUCCUCUUUGGCCGCAUGCCGCUCUUCAUUUCCUCAGCGAACAGGAUGGUGAGGGACGGUGCUAGACUAUUACUCCCGCAGACAGGUGGCCGGAAUGUUGUCAUAGCUGUCUACGACAAGGAGCCCAGCAGCGUGAUAGCUUAUGCCCUCAGUUCCAAGGAGCACUCAGACUUCAUCACCAGCAGCUUGGACCAGGACGAGACGCUUGAGAAGGACCCAACCAAGGACCGGUGGGGUCACAGAGGAGGAGCCGCUGCGUCGCGGUCCUUUGAGCUGGAGGACGUCCAGUCCCAGUAUUAUGACUCCGAGGAGGCAUUGUUUUCCCAAGUGAGCGUCUACUUAGAGCCCAAGCAGCCCCAUUUUAGGUUUUCUUUCGUGGAUGAGUCCUCAAUCCCGGCAGAGAAGGCGAGAUUCUCUGUGACUUGUUACUUUGCAAAGGAGUUUGAUGCGCUCCGGAGGAAGUGCUGCCCAAAUGAGCUGGACUUCAUAUGCUCGCUGGGCCGAUGCCGGCAGUGGGAUGCUCAGGGCGGGAAGAGCAACGUCUACUUCGCCAAGUCGCUCGACGAGAGGUUCAUCAUCAAGCAGGUCACGAAGACGGAGUUGGAGUCCUUCGAGGACUUUGCCCCGCAGUACUUCAGGUACUUGAUUGAGUCAAUUAACUCGGGGAGCCCAACUUGCCUCGCCAAGAUCCUCGGAAUCUACCAGGUCAGCCGCCAAUAAUUUUCUUUAAAAAAUCAAAAAAAUGUUCUUUUUGUUACCAAAUGAAGCUUUUUUUUAAAAUUAGAAGUGAACCCUUCUGAGGCGGCGGUUUCCAAAUCAGGUGACAAUCAAGCAUCUGAAAGGGGGGAGGGAGGUGAGGAUGGACCUGAUGGUGAUGGAGAACCUCUUCUUCAGAAGGAAUAUCUCAAGGGUUUAUGAUCUGAAGGGCUCUUUGCGCUCCCGCUACAAUGCUAAUACCGCGGGGGGGAACAAGGUCAUGCUGGACCUGAACCUACUCGAGUCGCUACGCACCGAGCCGAUCUUCCUUGGGAGCAAGGCAAAGAGGAGCCUGGAGCGAGCUAUAUGGAAUGAUACCUCCUUUCUUGCGGUAAGUCUGCUCCCUGAACUGCAGUCAUUGAAAAUUUCUUCAUUCUAAAGAGCAAAAAAUUUAAUGAAUCACAGGGCAAUCCCUUGUUUCCUAGUCAUGUAACAAUGAUGAGAUUGGAAUAUUCUCAAAAUCAUAACCUACCCCUUUACUUACCCCGGUUUUGGUAUGGUUGACUAUCUUACCCACAUCUGAGAAGAAGGUUUCCAUAGAUUAUAUGCGGACAAGGGCUGACUAUCCAUCGGGGUCUGGGGUUUAUCCUUGAUUAUGUGCGGUCAAUUCUGUGAAUUACUUACUUUUAAUGAGAAAUUCCAAGAAGUACCACCCCAAAAAGAUUCGAUCUUUGCAAUGUGGUGGAAGGCCCGAGGGCUUGGCCUCUGAAAACCUGAACUCCUCUCUCUUUCCGACAUAAAAUUGGAAAUGACUGAAGUCAACUUCUGACAUUAUUUUGGAACUGCUACUCCAUGGAUCGUUCUCUUGUGCUCUUCUCCCCAGACGGUCGAUGUCAUGGACUACUCCUUGCUUGUGGGGAUCGACGAGGAGAAGAAGGAGCUCGUCCUUGGCAUCAUUGACUUUCUCAGGCAGUACACGUGGGACAAGCACCUGGAGACCUGGGUCAAAGCCUCCGGCAUCCUCGGGGGCCCAAUGAAUGCCUCCCCCACGAUUAUAUCCCCCAAGCAGUACAAGAAGAGGUUCAGGAAGGCCAUGUCCACUUACUUCCUCACAGUUCCUGACCAGUGGCUCCCCUGA